AUGCGCGGCGUGCAAGUACCAACGCCGCCGGUGCGCCGACGACUGCGCUCUCUUCCCUUACUUCCCCACCGACAAGACCAAAGAAUUCAUGGCCGCCCACGCCGUCUUCGGCGUCAAAAACAUGACCAGCCUCCUCACCCAAAUCCCUCUCCACCGCGACCGCGAAGCCGCCGCCGCGUCCCUCGUAUGGGAAGCCACGGCCUGGGCCCAAGACCCCGUCAACGGCCCGCUCGGCCUCUACAGGAAGCUCGAGCGUGA